AUGUCUUCUCGUGGUCGCGCUGCAAAGGUGACCGCUGCGCACAUGUCAGUUAAGCAAAGCUGCACGAUUAUGGCAGCGUUCGAUCGACAGAAAAAGAAGAAGGAUUGUCCCGUGUGCAAACAAUCCGUAUUCCUGACGCUGUACAGAGCCCACUUGGACAGAUGUCAGCUAAGGUCAAAUGACAGCGAUUGUGAGAUUUUAGCCGUGCUUACCGGUGACGAAAGCCGUGCUCUACAUGCUGGACCGUCUAUAGUGUUAGAUGAUGAUGAAGAGCCGGAAUUCAAGCCAGAAGCAUGCAAGGAAAUCUCGUCAAGCGUAAAGACUCCUGAAGUAGAACGGCGAAGGAGUAGACGCAUAAAGGCAUGUGUCGAUACUGUAGAUGAAAUCGAAAUCAUCGAAGUAGAAGAAGUGAGAAAUUGCAAAGCAGAUCCCGAAAAUUGCCCUCCUGAUACGAAAAGAGCUCACACUUCUGAAGAUGUUUAUGAAGUCGUCUCGACAAAACGAACACGAAUAUCUUCUCAUUGUUCUUCCCCACUCUUCCCGAAUAGGACCGCGAUGGCAAAGGAGGUUGAAGAAGAGCAUGUCCUCAUGGGCGCGAAGGAGACUAGAGUUGUUAGUGCUGACGAAAUCGUCAAGAAAAUUGAGCGCCUUCUGUCCGGUUCAUCUGUGAAUCCGUCACCCCAGAAGACGAUGUCAGAUGAGGUGGAACAAAGUAGUCAGACUAUGGAAAGCAAAAGGAUUCCUUAUAUUGUGAAGUUCACUCUUCUGAUGAUGCGACGGGUGCUCCUUGCCAUAAAAUCUGAUGGAACACGCUACGACGAAUCCUUUUGGCAAAGGGAUAUUGCCAUAUUUGACAGGUAUGCGGAGUUAUCGCCAGAUAUGCAACCCGCUUUGGUACAGCUGGUCAGCAAUGGCUUCGUCGAUAGUGACAGGAGUUUGGUAACCCUUGAAGAGGCGUUGAAAGUGGCUCCAUUGCCCGUAAUAAAAACUGUUGCAAAAAUGUACCAGCUCGACACAACAAAGGGUAAAAUCGAACUGACUACGACAUUAACGACAUUUUCGUCGAAACAGAAAGGGCUCUUCGGACAAGUGGGUACUGUAGCUGUUGCGAUGCUAAAAGCCAUCAAAAAGGAACUUGGCUCUUGUUAUCGUGUGAACCGGAAGGCCAGUGAACUUUUCAAGGCUUUGUUCACCUUAUACGCCCCAACGGAAAUGUGUUCCAGUUUGGCGAUCGAUCAGCCAAGUGUCAACAUCUCGCAGACUCUACUGUAG